AUUUCUUUGUUGCUUCUCCCACUCUUUCCAGGAAUUGGAGACAGACACCAGACGACCGCAUCAACAUAUAUCUGGAUCAAAUUAAGUAGCUACCUCCUCUAGCUGGGUACACUUGAAGGUCAACGUGCCUUCGAUCAGAGAGAUCGAGAGUAAUUAUCAGUCGAUAACUCGCUCGCCAUGGGAAACUGUUACGGAUCUCCAGUGACUAAUCAUAGCCCAUCAUCUACAACCAAGCUGCCUACCUCAGUAGCAUCGAGAUACGAUAACAAGAAAAAUGGAUUCGUUGGAAAAAGUGUGACCAGCACCACAAAAGUUGCAAGGAAUAUUAGUGGCAAAAGAAAUACUGGUGGAACAACGGAGAGAAGUGAAAGCAAGGCACAAGUGAUAUUAAGCAAAACCAUCAGCAGAAAUAAUUAUGCUGAAGCAGCUGGAGGUGUGGCUCCUCCUCCUCCUGAUGCGGCAGCUACAGCUGCUCCAAUCGAAAGUAUACCAAAGUUGAAAGAGUUCACGUUAGCAGAGCUGAAGAAGUGUACUCAAAAUUUCCGACCAGAUACAAUACUAGGAGAGGGAGGUUUCGGAAGGGUUUUCAAGGGCUGGGUCGAUGCCUCAACGUAUGCCCCAUCAAAGGGAGGCGUCGGCUUGGCCGUCGCAGUCAAGAAGUCCAGCUCAGAUAGCUAUCAAGGUCACCAAGAAUGGCAGGCGGAGGUGAAUUUCUUGGGGAAGUGUCGUCAUCCAAACCUCGUUAGGCUGCUGGGACAUUGCUGUGAAGAAAACCAAUUCCUUCUCGUCUACGAAUAUAUGCAGAAAGGCAGCUUGGAAAACCACCUUUUCAGAAAAGGUCAAGAACCACUUCCAUGGGAAAUAAGACUAAAGAUAGCAAUUGGAGCUGCACGAGGCCUUGCUUAUCUGCACAACUCAGAAAAAGUCAUUUACCGUGACUUUAAGGCCUCCAAUAUUUUGCUGGAUCCGGCCUACAAUGCGAAACUUUCAGAUUUUGGACUGGUAAAGAUGGGGCCUAUGAAUGGAAACUCCCACGUAACCACACGUAUUAUUGGAACUUACGGAUACGCAGCUCCAGAAUAUGUCGCAACUGGGCACUUGUACGUAAAGAGCGAUGUGUACGGUUUCGGCGUUGUAUUGCUGGAGAUGCUAACGGGAUUACGGGCACUUGACAGUAAUCGGCCAUCUCGCGAGCACAGUUUGGUAGACUGGGUGAGUCCGUUGCUUCACAAGAAAAAGGAGCUGAAGAAGAUAAUGGACCCAGGGCUUGGAGAUGAAUACCCCUUAAAAGGUGCCUGCCAAGCAGCUGAGCUUAUUUUGAAAUGCCUAGAACCUGAUCCUAAAAUCAGACCAUCCAUGCAAGAGGUUUUGAUAGUUCUGGAAAAGAUAAACGACAUUAAGGAUCAGAAACCCAAAAACUAGAAGGGCCAAUGGGAGACGACAUGAUCAGGAAUCAUACUCUUCACCACAUUAUAACCACCAUGCUAGUACUAACUAGCAUUCCCAACCUCGUUUUACCUAAUCCAAAUUUGCACCCCUUAAUUGUUUUCCUACUAUUGUAUUUAUCGGAUCUACUUUUUAUUAUUUCAACUUUUGAUGUACGUUAAUAUAUAAGUAAACAAAUAGUUUGCAAUCAA